GAUGAUCACCUUGGCUUCUGAGAAGCGAGCUCCUGCCAGGAGGAGGGGCUUCCCUCUGGUCUUGCGCUUUCACGUGACCACUGUCUUAGUCACGUGACCCGAGCCCCCGGCUUACGCGGGGAAUCUGCGGGGCGGACGGCGAAUUCAAAUGCGGACGAUCUUAGAGGCCGUUCUAGCCGAGCCUCAUGCUAGCUAGAUGAAACGGUCCAGAGGAUGGGCACCGACUUACAGGCUUAGGGCUGGAAAAGGACCUUAGAAGUCAUCUCGCCCAUGCCCGUCACUCUGGAGAUGAGAAACUGAGGCCCAGAGACGUUUAAGAGACUUCCCAGAAACAGUGUCCCUGAAGAAAAGAUGGCGGAAGAAUCCAAUGAUGAAAAGAAACCAGUGGCUAAGUUCGAGUUAGAACGGGAGACAGAACUACGUUUUGAGGUGGAGGCCUCCCAGUCAGCCCAGCUGGAAUUAUUGGCUGGCAUGGCAGAGAUCUUUGGCACAGAACUGACUCGAAACAAAAAAUUCACUUUUGAUGCUGGUGCCAAAGUUGCUGUCUUCACUUGGCAUGGCUGUUCUCUCCAGCUGAGUGGGCGCACUGAGGUGGCUUAUGUUUCCAAGGAUACUCCCAUGCUUCUUUAUCUUAACACUCACACAGCCCUGGAACAAAUGAGACGGCAAGCAGAACGUGAGGAAGAACGAGGUCCUCGGGUGAUGGUAGUUGGACCUACAGACGUGGGCAAGUCCACAGUAUGCCGCUUAUUACUCAAUUAUGCUGUGCGACUAGGCCGGCGACCCACUUAUGUGGAGCUGGAUGUUGGCCAAGGCUCUGUGUCCAUUCCUGGAACUAUGGGAGCCCUUUACAUUGAGCGGCCUGCUGAUGUAGAGGAGGGUUUCUCUAUCCAGGCUCCACUGGUCUAUCAUUUUGGCUCCACCACUCCUGGUACCAACAUCAAGCUUUACAAUAAGAUCACAUCACGCCUUGCCGAUGUCUUCAAUCAGCGUUGCGAGGUGAACCGACGAGCCUCUGUCAGUGGCUGUGUCAUUAACACCUGUGGGUGGGUCAAGGGCUCUGGCUACCAAGCCUUGGUGCAUGCUGCUUCUGCUUUUGAGGUGGAUGUGGUGGUGGUGCUGGACCAGGAACGACUGUACAAUGAGUUGAAGCGUGACUUGCCCCACUUUGUGCGCACCGUCCUACUCCCCAAGUCAGGAGGAGUGGUGGAACGGUCCAAGGACUUCCGCCGAGAAUACAGGGAUGAGCGUAUUCGAGAGUAUUUCUAUGGCUUUCGAGGCUGUUUCUAUCCCCACGCCUUCAAUGUCAAAUUUUCCGAUGUGAAAAUCUACAAGGUGGGGGCUCCUACCAUUCCGGACUCAUGUCUCCCUUUGGGAAUGUCACAGGAGGACAAUCAGCUGAAACUGGUACCAGUCACCCCAGGGCGAGACAUGGUGCAUCACCUCUUGAGUGUCAGCACAGCUGAGGGCACUGAGGAGAACAUCUCUGAGACCAGUGUGGCUGGCUUCAUUGUGGUGACUAGUGUGGACCUGGAGCACCAGCUUUUUACUGUGCUCUCUCCGGCCCCUCGCCCACUGCCCAAGAACUUCCUCCUCAUCAUGGACAUCCGCUUCAUGGAUCUCAAGCGCUGAAUCUGCUGUCGACACCAGCCUUACCGAGGACAAUUCCAGAGGCAGGCAGUAAAUGUGGGGGCAGAGUGUCAGAUGUGCCUGCCCAUCAUCUUCAAGAGAGCUGCAGAGGAGAGUAAACAAACUAUCUCCCCUGUUGCCUAUCUUGAUACUUGGAGCCAAUCCUUGCUUCAAACUUCAAGGUAAUUUAAGCCUUAACGUGGCAAAGAGCCAGACAGCCCAUUCCUCUUGGAGAGACGGCUUCGUUCCUAGGUAGGACAACCUCAUUUAAUAGACAAGUCGUCAAGUGAUGCUAUUCCCUCAAACCCAAGAUAUCUGUAGGCACACCUCGGUCAUCUCUGUACAGUUCCCUCCCCGUUGAUCUCAAAGGAGCCCUAUACCUUGCCAUGUAUGGCUAUGAGAUGAUACACUUUGAAACAACAUAAAGUGUGUUCUACAGCAUUAUUCUUUGAUGGCCUCAUAACAAAAGUUGGGACUUAGUUCAAGGAUCAGUGGAUUGCUUUGCUAUUUAUGUUAAAAUGUCAAGCUGAAGCUUAGAUUUAUCUCUGUGUCAUAACAUUUGUGGCAUGUGCCCUAUAGAAGCUGCUGGAGAUUUAUGGAUUAUAUACUAGAUAUUGUGCGUGAAAUAGCCAGUGCUAGCUACAUACAUAACAGGUGCUCAAUAAAUUUCGGCCAAUGAGGAUUCUUUUUCCCAUAGCAAUUUCAGCCAUUCAGCCACUUAUUCCUUUUCUAAUUUGUGGAGAUCUUGCACUUCAGGCCUCUUGUAAAACUGGGGAGCUGGCCAUCCUGCUAAGAGCUGUCUUUAGGAAACACUUCCCUCCAGAAUGGGGGUGGGAGUGCUGGGGGAGCGGGGUGGAAUGGAAUCAUUUUUACAUUUGGCCAGGUGGUGUCAGUAUUGCUAAAUUCAGGACUCCUUGUCUGAAACAGUGAAAAGUUGUUAGGAGUUAAGGGAAUACCAAAUUUUUAAAAGGACAUUUUUGUUUUUAUGUGACUUCCAUGCUGAAUGCAUCCCUCCCCCAUACUUCCUACCUAUAUUCUCUUAACAAAUAAAUGUUGUUUUUUGGGGGGUGGGAUGGUGAAUAGCCGAGUAAGUCUUAAAGCCACAGACAAUCAAAAAAGAAAACUGAGAGCUGAAAUUGACAUGGAUCCUAGGGAAAUAUUCCAAAACACUCUGAAGCACUUUGUGGAUGGAAAUAAUAAUAAUGCCCUCUAUUUCUUAGGUACUUUCUAUUUAUUUUCUAUGGAGCUUAGUGGGCUUAGUUUUUUCCUUAAGAUAUUGGUGAUUAUUUGGAAGAAGGGUAAACAGAAUCUUGAAGGUUCUUGGGGAGAGAUCUUAAGCCACAUGAAUUAAAUGCAAGAAGGA